AUGACCGAUGUAAACAAUUUGAGAGAUUUCAAAGAAACUUUUCGAAGGUAUGAUCACUAUGUAAACGGAGAAAUUUCAUGGAAGGAAUUUGGUUUUUCAGGUUUACGCAAACGUUCCACUCCUAUGAUCAAGUCUGAAAUCGACAAGAUAUUUGUAGAGCUUGGAAUUCGUGGUGAAGAUAGAGUGUUCGGAGCUUCCAUGUUUUCUGGUAACCAUCCAAUUCGUCCAUCUAUCUUAGUUACACCUAAACUUAAAGAUGUAGUUAAUGUGAAGCUCCUGCAAAGGGAGGCUGUUGAAAAUGUUCGAGAUAAAAGUGAAAAGAAAACUCAUGAGGAUCAACCUCAAAUUCCAAAGAAGCCUCUUGAAAACAUAGAGAUCAAUGAAGAUUGGGUUGUGAUACAAGAUGACGAUGACAAAGAGUUUGAGUUGUGUUAG